AUGUACUUUCAUCCGACUUCAUGCAUCAUCCUACUAAAUAAUAUGGAUUUCGGUCACCUAUUAGAGCCUUUUUAUCAAAACUUUCUAUUAAGGUUCAGUGCUAUUGAGGACUGCCAUAUAUCUGAAGAUCUCAUGACUAUCAGUCCUUUCGGAAAAUACAAAAAAACAAUGCUUUUAACCAGCACUGGAAGUCAUAAAGAAACAUCCGGCUGCUUUGUGAAGCACUUGUAUUCCAACUAUUGUACCCUACGCAACAUUGUUGAAAAUGAUGAAACACUUAGCGAAACUUGUACAGACGAAUAUAUACCGACAUCGGUUAGGGAAAUAGCCGAGGUUCAUGUUGGAGGCUCGAUUUUAGGAUACUGCGGUUAUAAUAUUCUAGUAGCUGGAAUGGAGGAGAUAUACGUAAGGGUUCGGAUAUCAAUUUCUACUUACACAAUGUGGGGAAGUACUCCACCACAAAUUGAUCCUCAUCUUCUUCAGUUAUUUAACGUACAUUUACUGGGUAAUGAUGUUUCAUCAUAUGAUGAUGAUAUCAUCACUGCAGUAAAUACAUGGCACCGGGUCUAUGUUGAAAGCAGUAUUUAUAUUUUCAGUUAA